AUGCCCGAUCCAAAUGUGCUAAGAGUGUAUAAAAGCACAGGGGAAGAUGCGAACGAGAACCCGGGCCAGGAAUAUGAAUACUUGGAAGAACAUCACCAACAGGGCGAAGUCCCUAUAAAUCACUACUUACCUCCUCAAUCGUCGGGACAGCAUUCGCAUGACCAACGGCCGUCUCCACCGCGGCAACACCAGCACCCAGCUGAGGGGUCGCCACCUACUCCUGCUCAGCAGCUUUCAUCAAACAAUCCCGGUCCUUCCCGAAUACCUGGCCAACAGUCUCCUUUAUCCAAUCCGUCGCGUCACUACCAGUUCCCCAAGUUUCCCAAUGAAACACAUCCUGGCCGUUACGACCCCAGAGCCCCAGCCCAAGACACUUCACAGAGACAAAGUUCAAAUCAAUCAGACGAAAGGAGAGGACGUUACGCUAGCUACGGCUACCCAAUGGUCUCGAUGCCUGCACCCUAUAGAGGAGGCACCGUAGCACCUGUCGUGGAAGUAGAUCCGGCCGGUCGAGCUUAUUUAUCUUAUCCUGGUUACGAAUAUGAAGGCCAGAUAAGCCAAGGGAACACCCCUGGUAUGGUCAACCAACCGAAUUUUGGCGGCCGACAACCAGGUCCGCAACCAAUGUAUGAUAUGCGCGAUCCCUCAAGCUCCUACUAUAACACUUCCUUGCCUGCGAUGGCCCCACCCUAUUAUGGAUCUCCGGUGCAAUAUGAUCCAAGGAUGUAUGGUCAUGAUAUAUCGCCAGUGAGACUGUAUCCUGGGGUUCCUCAUCGGCCCCCAGUUCCACCGCUCAACUCGCGUCAAGGUAUUCAACAAUCCCAACCACGCAGAGGUCAUCGACGGCAGCAGUCUCAACCAAGCACUGGAGCAUCCAACCCGGUCAAGAUGAAAGGAGUCAAAGAUUACCCCUCUUUACAAGGACGUUUGCGGCUUCAUCCUGAUAGCCCCGGCCAGAAGGCCCUUCCCGGUUGGACUGGUAAAGUUACCACUCUAGCCUGGGAGGAUGAGGGAACCCUCUGCAUAAUGGUCGAGGCAAACGGUAUAGAAAUCUCGCGCCGCUGUGACAAUAAUAUGAUUAAUGGAACCAAACUUUUGAACUAUGCGGGUUACACCCGUGGUCGGCGUGACGGGGUCCUCAAACACGAACAGGUUCGUCAUGUUGUUAAAAUAGGCUCAAUGAACCUCAAAGGGGUCUGGAUCCCAUUUGAGCGAGCGAUGGAAAUGGUUCAGCGAGAGGACCUGCUGGACAGUUUGUAUCCUCUCUUUGUUGCUGACCUAGAGGCUUUCUUGUAUCACCCACUAAAUUUAACCAGAACGUUGCAAGUUGUCCGAGCUGCUGAGGUGAAAAAUCCUGUGUUCAGACUUUGGCGAGAAUCGAUCCCAUUCAGAACGGACUCUAGCGGCGAAAAUGAGGAAAAUACAAGCGAAAGUGGCAGCGGAAGUAGCGGUGUCACACAAAGAGACUACUAUUAUAACUAA